AUGGCCGCAGCAACUCAAGCGCUUUUGAGCCUCUUCGCAGCUUCCCUCCCGACCAAGCACCGCCCUCUCACGAUCAGAGCUUCCGCCACCACCAACCCGCCCAUAGCCGACCGGAAGCUCCGCGCCGCCGUGAUCGGCGCGGGGCCUGCAGGAUCCUCCGCCGCCGAGGCCUUGGCUGCAGGCGGCGUAGAGACCUUUCUGUUCGAGCGGAGCGGCCCCUCCGUCGCCAAGCCAUGCGGCGGCGCCAUCCCUCUCUGCAUGCUCGACGAGUUCGACAUCCCGCGCCACCUCAUCGACCGCCACGUCACCCGCAUGAGGAUCUUCUCCCCCUCCAAUCUCGCCGUCGAUUUCGGCAAAACCCUGCGCCCCGACGAGUUCAUCGCCAUGCUCCGCCGCGAAGUACUGGAUUCCUUCCUCCGCUCCCGCGCCCAAUCGCGCGGCGCCGACCUCAUCUCCGCCCUCGUCACCGAUCUCGAGGUCCCGACCUCGAACAACGCGCCGUACGUCGUCCGCUACAUUUCGAACAACUCGCAGAAGGCUCUGGCCGUGGACGUCGUGAUCGGCGCGGACGGCGCCAACAGCCGAGUCGCCAAGUCGAUCAAGGCCGGCGGCUACGCAUGCGCCAUUGCGUUUCAGGAGAGGAUUAAGCUCACGGACGACAAAAUGGAGUACUAUGAAGAUCUCGCCGAGAUGUACGUGGGAAACGACGUGUCGCCCGAUUUUUACGCCUGGGUUUUCCCCAAGUGCGACCACGUGGCAGUGGGGACAGGUACGGUGUGCUCCAAGCAGGAUAUUAAGGUGUUCCAAAGGGCAAUUAGGGCUCGGGCCAAUUCUAAGAUCAGCGGUGGGAAAGUGAUCAAAGUGGAGGCCCACCCGAUACCCGAGCAUCCCCGACCAACUCGUGUCAGAGGACGCGUUGCGCUUGUUGGGGACGCAGCUGGGUAUGUGACGAAAUGCUCUGGCGAGGGGAUUUAUUUUGCGGCGAAGUCUGGGAGAUUGUGCGGCCAAGCGAUUGUAAAGGCAUCCGAAGGAGGGCAGAGGAUGAUCAACGAAGGGGAUUUGAGGAGGGAGUAUUUGAAAGAGUGGGAUGCCAAGUACAUUACAACAUUUAGUGAUGCGGCUAGAGAAGCUUUGGUGGAGUUGUGUGGGGAUGAGUAUGUGCAACGCAUGACAUUUGAGAGUUACUUGUACAAGAGGUUGGCAGAUGGUAAUAGGUGGGAAGAUGCUAAGAUGGUUUGCAAUACCAUUGGAAGUUUGAUGAGGUGUAACAUUUUAGGGAAGAAAAUGGAGAGUUUGAAGUUGUGA